AUGCGGCUGCUCCCAGUUGUGAUCCUUCUUGUCGUCCAAGGCCACUUCUCCACCUGCGUGCAGAGAACGGUGAGAGGCACGGCAAUGGGCACACUGACCGUGCACUGUACAUAUGGGCGGGGUUGGGAAUCCUACAAGAAAUGGUGGUGUCGUGGGUACGAGUGGGAUUCCUGCAAAAUCCUUGUUAAAAGCACCGGGUCAGAGCAACUGGUGAAGAAGGGCCGAGCAUCCAUCCCGGACAAUCAUAGCCUGCGCAUAUUCACCGUGACAUUGGAGGAUCUCUGGUAUGACGAUGCAGACACCUACUGGUGUGGGAUUGAGAAAGCUGGCAAUGACCUGGGGUACAAAGUAUACGUGGAUGUUGACCCAGCCCCUGAUCCAACAGACUCUCCCAAGCCUGUAGCAAGAACACCAGCCGGUCGAGCUUCCUCUCGUCCAUUUACCCAGGGCAUCAACAGCAGCCAGCCUAUUGUUCUGAUCAACCCCCACAGCAGGUCGGGGAUCUUGGCCUUCAAUGUAGCAGCAGAGAAUCCUCCUGUGUGGAUCCUCCUGGUACCUCCUUUCCUUGCCACCCUCAAGUGGCUCUGCCAAGGAUAA